AUGGGCAACGCCUCUUCAAAAGCCGCCUCGAAAGCAGCAUCAGUAUCAAAAGCAACCACAAAAACAGCCCGCAAAUACCCAACUCGCUCUCCUCCCACAUCAACAUCCAGCACUCCAUCCGCGCAACCAUUUCGUUCUUCUCCUUCACCUACUGCCACAAACUUAGGACCGCAAGUACAUCCGGAGCCAAAAGCGACAUCUACACGAGACCGAGACAUAAACCGCGAUGCCUCAGACCCAGAUUUCGCAGCGCGCCUCCAGCAACUCGGCCCCGUACAACCAAACCCGACCUAUUCUGCCUCCUCAACCUUCCACGCUCCCUCCCCCCCUGCCACAUCCACCAAUACCAACACCACCACCACCUCCUCCUCUCACGCAUCGGCAUCAUCAACCCCCCAAUUCCGCCCCUCCUCGUCUGCACCCUCGCAAUUCAUCUUCCCCCAAGCGAGUCAAAACCCAGCAGUCAGCCUCCUGACAGCGCGGUACCGACUAGCAGAGGAGGCGGAUAGGGAGUUCGAGAGUAUAGGCCGUAGGGGCGCGAGGGGCAGGAGCUUUCUGGAUGUGGUUACUUUGAGGCAGGUGCUUGUGUUGAGGGAGAGGGGCGUGGGGGAGGGUGAGAUCGAGAAGAGGUUGGAGUUGAGGGAGGGGACUGUGGGGGCGGUUAGGGGGGAGGCGGGUCGUGUGUGCUACGGGGUGACGGGUGUGGUGUGA